AGUCCGUUUAGAGGCGGUGCCAUCGCCAGGCAGUAGGAUCUGUAUGACAGUGCAGGGUACAGCUCUAGGUUGAGGGGCAGAGAGGAAAGCUUUUUCUCCCGAUCCCGCCAUACUUUUACCACUAUACCACCAUAACCAUCAGAUGAAUUUAGACUGAUAUCGGUUUCCACACUGUGCAACAAAAUCGCGAGGAUUGCUACAGUCACGGAUUCUCCACUCCUCCGCUGGACUUCAUCAGGCUGCAACAUUAUUACUGUUAGUCGAACUUUCCCCUUUUACUCGGGAUUCCUGGCUUUACAUUUUUGAUUUCUUUCAUUUUCGGUCGCAAUUCGUUGAAAAAGCACGCGUGUUUGUGUGUUUGGUGGCGUCUCAAUCAUUUUUUAUUUAGUGCGCUUUGCUUAAAAGUUUUAUUUUCGUUUCUGAUUUUUUGGGAGCACCGCGAUAUUCCACGAUGAACAAGCUAUAUAUUGGAAAUCUGAAUGAAAACGUGACCGCCGAGGACUUGGUUAAAACAUUUGAAGACUACAAGAUUCCUUACUCUGGGCAGUUUCUAAUGAAGACUGGCUACGCGUUUGUUGAUUGCCCGGACGACCAAUGGGCUAUGAAAGCAAUUGAAACAUUUUCUGGUAAAGUGGAACUUCACGGCAAACGAAUUGAGGUCGAACAUUCUGUCCCCAAAAAACAAAGGACCAGAAAACUCCAGAUUAGAAACAUUCCACCCCAUUUACAAUGGGAGGUGCUUGAUGGUCUGCUGGCCCAGUAUGGAACUGUUGAGAACUGUGAACAAGUGAACACAGAAAGUGAGACUGCUGUGGUAAAUGUCACUUAUGGUACCCGGGAGCAAGCUAGACAAGCCAUCCAGAAGCUGAAUGGUUACCAGUUUGAGAACAACGCUCUGCGUGUAUCCUACAUACCUGAUGAGACCUCGGAUGGAGACGCCCAGCGUGGCCCUGACAACGGUCGCCGCCCUGGAUACGGUCCACGUGUCAAUGCCCGACAGGGUUCCCCUGGUGCUGGAAUCCCCGCCAAACACCAGCAUGCUGAUAUCCCCCUGCGCCUGCUUGUGCCCACCCAGUAUGUGGGUGCCAUCAUCGGCAAAGAGGGUGCUACUAUCCGCAAUAUUACCAAGCAGACCCAGAGCAAGAUUGAUGUGCACCGUAAGGAGAAUGCAGGUGCGGCUGAGAAGCCCAUCAGCAUCCACUCCACUCCAGAGGGCUGCUCAUCCGCCUGCCGCAUGAUCCUGGAAAUCAUGCACCAAGAGGCCAAAGACACCAAGACUGCUGACGAGGUGCCUCUGAAGAUCCUCGCCCACAACAACUUUGUCGGCCGUCUGAUCGGCAAGGAGGGGCGCAACUUGAAGAAAGUGGAACAAGAUACUGACACCAAGAUUACCAUCUCACCGCUGCAGGACCUGACCCUGUAUAACCCUGAGAGGACCAUCACAGUAAAAGGUGCCAUUGAGGCCUGCUGUCUGGCCGAGCAGGAGAUCAUGAAGAAAGUGCGGGAGGCCUAUGAUAACGACAUUGCUGCCAUGAACCAACAGACUCACCUCAUCCCUGGACUGAACCUCGGAGCUCUUGGCUUGUUCCCUCCAUCCUCCUCGCUGCCCCCUCCUCCUCCUGGAAACCCUGGAGUUGGUGCUCCUUACGGCUCCUUUGGGGCCCCUGAGCAGGAAACAGUCCACGUGUACAUCCCAGCACAAGCAGUAGGAGCCAUCAUCGGCAAGAAGGGACAGCACAUUAAACAGCUGAGCCGCUUCGCUGGGGCAUCCAUUAAGAUUGCACCAGCAGAGACCCCUGAUUCAAAAAUGCGUAUGGUCAUCGUUACUGGUCCACCUGAGGCUCAAUUUAAGGCUCAAGGCAGAAUAUAUGGCAAGCUGAAGGAGGAGAAUUUCUUUGGCCCUAAGGAAGAGGUGAAGCUGGAGACACACAUCAAAGUUGCAGCAGCCGCUGCUGGAAGAGUUAUUGGAAAGGGUGGGAAAACGGUCAACGAGCUCCAGAACUUGACAGCAGCGGAGGUGGUUGUUCCCAGAGAGCAGACCCCUGAUGAACAGGACCAGGUUAUUGUCAAAAUCAUCGGCCACUUUUACGCAAGUCAGCUGGCACAGAGAAAGAUCAGGGACAUUCUGACACAGGUUAAGCAGCAGCAGAAAGGAGGAAUGGGAGGUCCUCCCGGGCAGCACCCACAGAACCAGUCGGAACUGGGGCCCCACCAAGUAAUGCCUCAGGAGCCCAGGAGGAAGUAAAGGGCCUGCGCCCCCAACUGGAUGGAUGGACGGACAGACGAACGGACGGACGAAUGGAGGAGAAAUGGCGGACUGACUGAAAGAGAACGAGACACACAGACCCAGCGGUAGACAGGGAGAAACGAGCAUCAAACUGAGAGGGAAUAGAAAGGAAAUUUAAAAAUAAUAAUAAUAAAUGCCUGAGAGAGGAAACACGUUUAGAGAAGUGAAAGGAAACUAGAAAUAUAAGUGAUUUAAAAAAGAAAAAAGAAAAAAAAAAGAUAAUAAAAGAGUGAAGAACUAGAAAACAGAGACCAGAUGCCAGGCCAGGUUGAGUGUCUGAUGAUGGCAUGAGGGUUUGCCACCCUGCAAAAUUGCACCCUCAAGUGAGAGCUUAUAAAAAACAAGUUUGAUGACGAUUUUUUGUUUUGUUUUUUAGCACUCCUGAGAAUUGUAACACACGGAGGGGGGUGGUCCUCAGCCAUCACCAGUCACUCUAGUAUUUUAAGGGUGUUUUUUUUAAAGAUAGAGAUAUAUGUAUAGAAAUGUUUAUUCAGAGGUAUUAUUAAUGAAAUGCAGUGAAGCGGAGGCGGGAGGGCAAGAGCGGAGAACCCACUGCGAGUCAGUCGACUCGUCCUUAGCCUAAUAGAGAAUUAGGGGAGGGGCCAUAGCUGUUAACACUGCUCUUUAAAUCCCUUGCAGUAAACUGUUGGGGUGAGGUAAAAAGCAAAAAAAGAAGAAGAAAAAAAUGUGGUUGUAAAUAUAAUCUUCAUGAAUAUGUAUUGAGAUACUGCAUGCUUGUCGGCGGUCGCGCGUACAGCUGGCGAGGACAAGCGCGAGUGAAGCGGAUAAGCUUUAACUUGUGCAUCGCUCUUGGGCCUAGCGCUGAUUAGGCUGGCGUCGCAUGCAGUGAGGGUACAGUAAGUGGGCGGGCCGAGGCUGGCCCUGCAGUUCUAUUGCAGCGGCUCAGCUCCGAGACACAAACCCCACCACCAGCCCUAAACCACGCCCGCGAUGCUCGCCGGUGCGCGGCCCACGCCCAAAUGGCAUAUUUUAUAUAUAUUAUAUAUAUAUGAUAUGUGAGUUAACCUGGCCCCUCAGAGGAAAGAGAAAAAGACAGGGACAUAUGAUAAGGAGGGAGAGCCUUUGUUGAAACUGGGGUCUUACCAUCCAGAGAAAUCCGUGCUCUUAAAAUGGUCAUGAUCACUAAAUUGUUCUAAUGCUAUGUUGCUAUGUAUUAGACCAAUAGAGGUGUGGGUGUACCUGGGAUUGUGGUUACCAAUUGGUCUGAUACACAGUCUAACAUAUUAAGUCCAUUAAAUCUGGUUUAAUCCUGAAUUGUCACUCAUCAUUCUGGUGAUCAGUGGUCUCCAUAUUUCUCCUGAAGAGCUGCUUCCAACCCUAAUCCACCCCACCCCCUAAUCCAUCAUAAUCACUGCCUUCUUCACGAGUGUUUGAUUAGCUGAAUAGGGGUGUGUUAGAUUAGGGUUGUUUACAGGCUGUAGUUCUUCAGGAGCAGGACUGAAGACCACUGCUGAAGGUAUAAAAUAAAACAACUAAUCUGUGGUCUGCAAAUGCAAAAUGUGGUUUUGAUCAAGAAUUCUCAGAGAAACCAGAACACAGUUUACUUUUUUCCUAGAUCCAGUAUCAGUUUCUACUUAUUUGGUAGAAACUGCUGAAGCAGUGUGAUGAGUGUCAGGAUUAGAUGCAUCAGGACUUCAAUAUAAGGAUGGAAAGCCCCCCAAAGUUCAGCUCUCCACCCUGCCUUUAGGUCACAGGUUAGCGUUGACAGCAGGUGAGGCCAACAGUGGCUUCUGCGCUCUCUCUCCCUCUCACUCCGUUCGUCGUAUGCCGAUGAGGUUGCCGGAUGCCCGGCUGUCCUCACUGAUCCUAGAACAGAUUAGAUAAAAUGAAAUUAAGAAAAAAAAAAGAAACCUACCUCAGGGUAUUGUUACCUCAGUAUUCCUAACAGCUUUUUUGUUUUUGUUUUCUUUCCUUUUUUUUUCUUUUCUUUUUUUUUUGCUUGCUGAUGUUUUAUAUAAAAAGCUGAUAGUCCUGAAUGUUUUAUUUUUUUAAGGAAGAAAUAUUUUUUAGUUAUUGUCGGAUGUGCUCCCCCCUCCCACCUUAUUUUCUUUGUAGUGCGUAAGAUUGAGUGUGAUUUGAUUGAGUGUAUGCGUGUUUGAGAGUGUGUGUUUUCCCACCCUCCCCUACUUUAGCUCAAAAGGAUCCACAGGCAAACGGCACUUUUUUUUUGUUAGUUGUUUUUGGUGGCUUUACUGACUUUACUGUGCCGAUAGAUUCUUUUUCCAGCUGCCUUUGGAUCCGGGAUGGGCUGAACUUGAAAUCACUGGCCAAAGGGAAGUGAGACACUUCAUGCCAUUGCUGAGUGGUGCAUCGCAGCCAUUGCUACACAAUGGUCCUUUAGACUAUUUUGACUUUAGUCAAAAUGAGACGAUUUCAUUUGUUUGUCAUACAAGCUUUCUUUCGUUAACGCUAACUACGGAAAGCUGAGGGUGGCCCUGACUGAAGGACGCUUAUUGUGCCUCUUGAACCCUGGCCCGAUAUCAUUUGGUCUUAAUGAACCUUAUGUGCUGAAGGCCUGGGCUUGGGGCCUUCCAUUGCCAGGGCUGUGUUAUGCACCAUGUGCAAUGCCAUGUGCAUUUUAUUGGCUGAUUUUGUUUACUUGAGUAGCCCUGUAGGCUGCUGUAGUAGCAGCGUUUGCAGCGUUAGCCGUGUUAGCCUCACCUCAAUCCCUACGUUGAGCUUUGAGCUUCAAACACUGAAUGUGAAAUAUCUGGUGGCUCUUUGUUUAGCAUUGAGUCUUGUCCUUCCCCAUUGUCCAGUGUUUGUGUGUGUGUGUGUGUAUGUUUGUAUGUAUGUAUGUGUGCAUGUGUGAAGUAUUUUUUUCUAAGAAAGGAAAAAAAUUAAGUGUAUAGUAUUUUUUUGUUGGGGGAGAGUGGUAUGGGUGUUAAAGAAAAGGCAGAAAAAUGACAUCCUAUCCUAUAGUCUCAGUUUAACUUUUUUAUUUGUUUUUUUUUUGUUUGUUUUUUUUUUGAACGACAAAAUUACGAUAAAAUAUUCUGGAAAACGUGAGCAAAAAAAAUCAGAACGUUUUCAUGUUGCAGAAAUCAGUUUCACCUGUAAAUAAGAAGCAAAAUGAAGCAACUGAACAGAUCUUUUGUAUUUUUUAGAAUAAAAAGAAAAACAAUUGGACCAGGAUGGGUAACAUGCAGCAGUUUUAACAGCUAAUAAAGGAUGAAGACUGCCAGAAUCCUUUUCAACAGGGAUAAGUACACAGAUACCUGUGCAGGGUUAGCGGUUAGCAUUUAGCUAGCUCUCUUUUUUGUGUCCGCUUUGUUUCAUCCACAAGUCUUUUUGUUUUUGUUUUUUUCUGUGCUUCCUUUUUUUUCCUCAAUAGGCAGCAGCCUUCCGGUUUCUGCUCGAGUUUCAAACCUGACAUCGAGGUGUGAUUUCUGUCUGACACUGAGACACACUCACGAACCUUUAGUUUGUUCAGACUGCAGCAGUUAUGUGUGAUUUUUAUUAUUUUUUUAUUUUUUGUUUUUGUUUAACAGCAAGCUUUAUUUGGACAUGACAUCUGGUUACAUACUGUUUCAUCAGUUUUAGAAUAAAAUAUAGAAACAAAAAAAAAGAAGUGAACAUAAAUGAUGAUAAAAAAUCUCCAGGAACUAAGAAAACUGGAAAAUAUAAAAUUCCGAGUGAAUGAAGAGUGUAAAAGAGAUGAGAGGGAGAUGGGCCAACCUUUGUUUAGUUUUUUUUUUUUUUUUUUUUUUCCUUGUUCUUUUUCAAUCUAACAAACUGAUGUGUUUUUGCUUUAUUUUCUGUCAUUUUCAUGAGUUGCCAAAAUGUUUGUACUAGGUCACUAAAAUCAGUACUCAUGCAGUGCUGUCAAAUGUGAGUUAAAUGCUACUACACAUUCAUCCUACAUCCCUCCUGUCCUUUUCACAUGGCUUCUCUUCCUCUUCCAUUUCUCCCUUCAUCCCUGUAUGCAACUCAUUCCCGUCAUCCGAACGUUAGGAUAUUGUUUCAGAUGGUUUUCUUCACUUGCAUAAUUUGUGACUUAAUUGGGGGGGGAGGUGGGAAAAGACAUUUUGUUGUUUCAGUUUUGGAGUAGACCUUCACCCUCUCUUACGCUGGCCUUGUUUGUGUCCGUUUUCUCAGUUCUGUUCAGUGGUUUGAUGCUUAUUUUUAGCCCCCCUCAGAAACAGAAAAUUUUGCGAUUUACUUUUGAUUGGAUUGGAUCGUAGUUGAAUUAUUAUUGCUGUAUUUUUUUCCCUCUCUCUCUUGAUCAGGUUCCUUUAGAAGAGCACAGAGAUCUCUUAUACUGAUAUUAGAUCAUUUGAAAUACUAACCAGUUACUCACAAUGCAAGUAACAACUGUGCCAAACAGAUUUGGUUUGUUUUGUUUUCAUGUACUCCGAUAAGACGCGGUACGAAAUGUUCGCUGUCUGUAUCGGAUGUAGUGUUAAGACUCUUCGGCACUCGCUCAGCUUUAAAAUGACAAAAUCCUCCUGUUCGAAGCUGUCUGUGACCAGGACUCAAACUAUGUAAGCAAACAGUCAGUUUAGUUUAAGAAAUAAUAAUAAUAAAAAUAAGCGCGACUGCAUGUUCUUCACUUAUGCAAUUGUGUGACGAGCCACAUUACUGGCUGGCUUUCGUCACCAGGACUGUUAAAAAUAUAUAUAUAUAUAUCUACACACACACACACACACACAUUAUAUAUACUUGGGGAACCACCUGAGAACAAAUAAGAUAAGCCUACCCAUUGCCGUGCACAGAUUUACACUUAGACAACAGAUCCAACCUCAGACUAGUUUUGGGUGUCGCUGUCGGAGAGAUGCGCCACCCCAGUUAUAUCUCAUAGUGCUGGGUUCUGGCCUUUGCUCAAAGAGAAACAUUUGGGUGCUAAUGACGAAUUAAACCUCACAUAACUAGGAAACGCUACCUCAAGACUUAGCCAUAAGAUUGUUUUUAUCAACCAGACAAGAGCGAAAGUGCAUGUUACUUUUUCACUUUAAUUUCUUUAAUUUAUUAUUAUUUUUUGCUUUUUCCAUUUUCUCUUUUUUUUUUUUUUUUUUUUUUGGUUACUAAAAAUUGACCUGUUCAGCUUAGCGUCAGGGCCGUGAUUGGAAGGAAUGGAGGAGGGGCUUUGGCGACUGGGCCAGGCUGAGGUUGGGCUAAAGGACAGGUGGAGUUAAUCUGAUCUGGGUUGUUUGGUGUUGUUGGGUGGCUUUGGUUGAAGGUGAAAGAGAGGUGGUGUAAAGCAAGAAUGAAGACUGGAAUAUAAGAAUUGCUUAGAGGAAGGGUGUCCAGAUUUGGUCCUCAGGGGACCAGAGCCCAGCAGGGUUUGGCCAUAUAGUCUGGAAAACCAAUGCAGUACAGAUCUUGUAGAGUGCUGAUAGUGCUGUGAUGUGCAGUCGAGCCACUGACAGCAUCCCAUCCUGACCAACCUUGAAUAAGCUUUUUAUGUGUUACAUGAUCGUACACACAUAUAUACAAAUAAUGUUGGUCAAAAGGAAGUUUCACCACUGUUUUCCAUCUACCGCAAGUUUGGGUGACGUGCUGAUGUGCGUAUAGCUAGCUGCUUAAAUCUAGUAUGCUUGAGCAAGGAAAUGACCCAACCAUGCUGGAUUCAGUCACUGACUCUGGUUCUUGAGGAACAGAACUGGACAUCCCUUCAUUAGCUGAUUUAUUAAAUGCAACAUGAUCAUCGCACGACUUCACAACGUCUUUUUAGAGUCCUAUUCAUGCUAUUCACAGAGCCCCAGAAUGCUGAUCUAGGACCAGAAGCUCAAAGACCCUCCACUGUCUUGAACAAGCGAAUGGUUAAACUGAACUAUGGCCGGGUUCAGUGGUUAUACUGACCUGUGAUCACCCGCUGCGGAAGGCAAGGUUUGCUUUAGAUAAAUGGAUCAUGCUCAUCCAUUGGUAGAUGAUGCAUACCGUGUGCCUGUUUCACAAAGCUUGAUGUAUUCUUUUCCCCUCAAACACACUGCGCUACCUCCUCACUAUGCAGCCUUGACCUCCCAAUAGACAAAAAAAAAAAAACGGACCCUCAGUACAGUCAUACAAUUAGCUGGUCCAUGGUCCGCCCACAUUUCUCUAGGACAUCCCUUAAGGAAAGAUUGGAAGAAUUCUGCACUGAUCUGUGGGAUUCUUCUGUGGAUGUCAUAUAUAUAUAUUUUUUCUUUUCCAGAAUUGCUUUUCUGACACUUGUAGACAGACACUGCCAGUCACGAUCAUUACCACCCUCUGUGCUGUCUAUCCACUGUCCACACUGCAAUUUACAUACUGCUAUCUUGUGACCUUUGGCCAGCCUCGCAACAUUAGAUGUGUUAGAUAUGAAAGAAUGUGUUAAUGGGCGGAGCAUGGACUGGUCAGUUUUAGUGCUGACAAAAAAAAAAUCUGCCCUGUGGCACUGAUCUGAAACUAGUACUGCUAUAUAUAUAUAUUUUUUUUUUAUGUUUUGUAAUGACUUGUGUUGGGGUGAAGAGAGGAUGAGCGGAGUCCUAGAUCAGCACUGAAGGGAAGCUACAUCCCGGAUCCCCUCACACACUAAGCUCUCUACCCACAAUCACCCCCUACCUUCCCUUUUUUUACUUCAAUCGAGGGGCACGAUACCUGUAACCAUGUAAUUUUUCUUUUCUUUUUUUUUUCUUUUUUUUGUUGAUCUACCUCUUAGAGAACAAAUAAAUAAAUAAAUAGGACAACAUGUAAAACAGAAAAAAGGACACAAAAAAAGUUUUUAAAAUUUAGAAAAAAAAUGCUCAAACUAAAAAUAAGUAAUUAAUAAUAAAUGACUUAAGCAACUGGGUAGCAGCAUCUCCGUAUACUGUAGUGGAUAGUAUGUUUAAAAAAAGGAAUACUUUACUUCCAAAGAUGAUGAUUUUUGUUUUUCUCCGUUGUUUAGGCAUUGUUCAGAAAGGAUUCUGUAAUAAAUGGAAAUGGGGGAGGGACAAAUAAAAAAAAAAUGGAAAAUCUCAGUUUCACUAUUCAAUCUCUCUUUUUUCAUUCCUCAUUAGAUUGACUUCUUAACCUUGCAAUUCUUCAUCCUUUAUUUGAUUUAUUUUUCUGAUUGCUUAUUAAAAUGACAUAGGAUUGUAACUCUUGUGUUUGGAUGCAUUAGAAUUAUCUCUCUCUCUUUCUCUCUCUCUCUGUGAACUGCAACAUAGUACUCGAUGAGACAUUGCAGAGCAUGAUAUUAAAAUAAUUUUUCUCUUUUUUUUUUUCAAAUCUGUAUUGAUGCAACAGGCAAGUAAGGGCCUUUUUAGCUGACUAGGGCACAGUUUAGGAGGCGGACGAGGAGGAGAGGAAGACAAGUAACUUAUCACCUCUAGCCCCCAAACCCCCCGAGCCACCCACCCCCCCUCUUAUAGUAGGUGCCAUGGACACUAUCUGGAUUUUCACCUUCUGCCUGCCCGAUUUUCUUUAGUUCUCAUCCACAUUUGUUUUGAACUCCUUGUAAACAAUACAGAGCAUAGAUAUGAAUGUGUUAUUAAAAGAUGAGAAAACCGGUUA